UGUGUGUGAACAGAAAGCAACCUUUACCGUCUAGCGAAUAACAAGUACCAAUUUCAUUUGUUUUUCGACAGGCUGUUAAUCUGUUGGGUUACUUCAAGAGAAUCUUCGCUCUUUAACAAAUAGUUACUACCUGAUCUGCUGCCUCUGAAAUUGCACUAAGUUUCGAAUAGGUUUCAGGUACAUACACAUUGGACUUGUUCUCGAAGAAUUCCGCCACCAUUGAGAAACACCCCUCGAAGAGGAUAUUCCCUCACGAUUCGCAAGUCAUCACCUACUACGUGCUGGCGCCACCAGACUCUGAGGUCAUCGUCACCUGUUCGGCUUUCAACAUCCAGUCGGGCCCCGACUGCUCCAACAGCUACUUGAAGAUAAACGACCGACAGUACUGCGACAGCAACGUGCCCGGGAGGCUGCGCCUCGAGCUGACCUACAACUACGCCGUUGUUGUGUUCCGAGAUGGAAAGGACGCCAGCAACUCCUUCAGCUGCAAUUUCGAGCGAGGCAGCAGUACGGACAAGUGCGCCUUCGAGAGGAAACACCCAACAACGACGCUGUCACCUUGGGAGACCAUACCAACCACGGAAUCUUCGAUGACCGGAACCCCAUUCCCCGAGGAAGGGGUGACCACUGUGCCCUCGGCCCCCACCCUUAUCACGCCGUUCACGGAAGCAACGAUUCCUUGGUACAGCGUCGGUUCAACAACCCUGCGCACCCUGAAGUACUCUCCCAGCGUCACUCCAGAAGAGGGUGCAACAUUUCCCGAAACACCGUUCCCAGGAGCUUCGACCGAAUACCCUACAGAGUUUCCGUUGUUCCCACAGCAACAAGCCACGCGUCCCACUCUGCCAGCCGCUUCGAUUGCGGCAACAACUGAGGUUGGAAUGCCACCCGAAGCAGCAUCACCAUCCACGGGCCUAGUGCCGGCAAUAUCGCAAAGCGUUUCGCCGGCGCAGCUACCUAGCGUGGCGUCGAUGCCCCACCAAGAGGUCUCACCUGCAUCUCCGCCUGAAGUUUCCGUUAUCCCAACUACGGAAACCUCUUCGCCCCAUGGCGCGUCAUUUACCCCGAACGAAGCAGUUCCAUCGCGUCCAUUCGGCAUUUCCAUACCGGAGACAUUCCCGCCUGGCGCGUCCGUUUUCCCAACAACCCAAAUGUCGUUGCCAUCUGGCGUGCCGAGCGAAGAACCUAGCGCUUCCAUCCCGACAAUUUCGAACGCCGCCACAGCACCUGAUACUAUGACAGGCGGCACCCCAACGUCGGUCGCUCAAAAAGAACUCACCGCCACGCCACUCGGAACUUCCGUAGUGCCAACCACAGAAGUCUCAUUGCCAACCGGUGCUUCAGGUAAACCGAAUUUUGUGCCUUCCGUUUCUAUGGGUCCUUCCGUGUCGGACACAGUAACUGCCUUUCCAGCCGUAGUAACACAGAAAGGCAUUCCCGCUACAGCCCUACCCGGCGUAUCGCUUAUUCCGACAGGUUCAGUAUCAUUCCCUUCUAGUAUGUUUAGUCAACCAGUCACAGGGAUUCCCUCGGUUACAGGGGGACUUUCGGUGCCAGUAAUGAUCACAGGCACGCCAGCAUCCUUUCCCCAUGAAGAAGUCAACACUUCGUCUCCCCCUGGACUAUCCGUCGCACCGACCACUGAAAUUUCUUUCCCUUCUGGCGUAUCAGGAGAACCCACACUCAUUAUUCCGACAUUAUCACUGGGUAUUUCAGUGCCAGAAACAACUGGCACUCCACCAACCGUCGCUCAGAAAGAAAGUACCGCGACAAUACCAUCCGGUAUGUUAACUGCCCCUACAAGUGAAACGUCUAUUCCUUCUUUUAUGACGGGUCCAUCCACGGGAGUCGUGCCUUCUUUCUCACCCGGAGUUUCAUUCCCGGGUACAUAUUCUGUCAGCAGACCACCUACAUAUACAGAAGGUACAAAUAUAAUCCCAUCAGCCGUCCCCGUUACACCUACAGCUAAGGUAUCUUUGCCGUCAACAUUACAGAGUCAGCCGACCGCAUUCAUCCCGUCUAUGUCAGAAUCAGUUUCUACUCCACAAGCAGCAACUGGCACACAAUUACCGAGUCGUCCAUAUCUCACGGGGACAUUUCCAUCAGGUGUAUCAAUCAUUCCUACUACAGAGGUAUCGCGACCAUCUCCUGAGCAACAACUCACAACUAUGGUUCCCUCGGUAUCGGCUGGCGUUUCUCUUGUAAACACAGGCAUUAGCACACUGCCAACAUCGCCUCAAAAAGAAACGACGACCCCAUUCUCUUUAGGUCCCUCAGGUUUGCCAACAACAGAAGUAUCACUGCCAUCCGGUGCCUCAGGUCAACCAACGGCUGUUGUUCCUUCAGUAUCACUGGGCGUGUCUGUGCCAGGAACGCAAACAGGCAGUCAACCGGUUCUCCCCUAUGGAGAAAUAACGACUCUGUUUCCGUCAGGUCCUUCGGGCAUACCAUCCAUGGAAGUGCCAACAACUGGUGUUCCAGGUCAGCCUACAGCUAUUGUUCCCUCUGUAUCAGUAGGCGUCUCUGUGACUGAGACAGGAGAAAGUCGUCCACCACCUUUCCCCCAGGAAGGAUUCACGACGCCCUUCCCGACAGGUCCAUCUGGCUUACCAACCACGGAGGUAUCAAUACCGUCUGGUAUUCCCAUUCAGCAGACAGGUAUAGUUCCCUCAGUACCAGAAGCAGUUUCUGUGCCAGAGACACAGACCAGUAGUCCACCGUCUUUCCCGCAUGGAGAACUAACGACUCCGUUCCCAUCAGGUCCUUCAGGCAUACCAAACACAGAGGUACCACCAUUAUCUGGUGUUACAGGUCAGCCUACAGCUAUUGUUCCCUCGGUAUCAGUAGGCGUCUCGGUGCCAGAGACAGAAGGAAGUAGUCCACCACCUUUCCCCCAGGAAGGAUUCACGAAGCCCUUCCCGACAGGUCCAUCUGGCUUACCAACCACGGAGGUAUCAAUACCGUCUGGUAUUCCCAUUCAGCAGACAGGUAUAGUUCCCUCAGUACCAGGAGUUUCUGUGCCAGAGACACAGACCAGUAGUCCACCGUCUUUCCCGCAUGGAGAACUGACGACUCCGUUCCCAUCAGGUCCUUCAGGAAUACCAAAUACAGAGGUAACACCAUUAUCUGGUGUUACAGGUCAGCCUACAGCUAUUGUUCCCUCGGUAUCAGUAGGCGUCUCGGUGCCAGAGACAGAAGGAAGUAGUCCACCACCUUUCCCCCAGGAAGGAUUCACGACGCCCUUCCCGACAGGUCCAUCUGGCUUACCAACCACGGAGGUAUCAAUACCGUCUGGUAUUCCCGUUCAGCAGACAGGUAUAGUUCCCUCAGUACCAGAAGCAGUUUCUGUGCCAGAGACACAGACUGGUAGGCCACCGUCUUUCCCGCAUGGAGAACUAACGACUCCGAUCCCGUCAGGUCCUUCAGGCAUACCAAACACGGAGGUACCACCGUUAUCUGGUGUUCCAGGUCAGCCAACAGCUAUUGUUCCCUCUGUAUCAGUAGGCGUUACGGUGCCAGGGACAGAAGGCAGUCGUCCACCACAUUUCCCCCAGGAAGGACUCACUAAGCCCUUCCCGACAGGUCCAUCAGGCUUACCAACCACGGAGGUAUCAAUACCGUCGGGUAUUCCAGGUCAGCCGACAGGCAUAGUUCCCUCAGUAUCAGUAGGCGUUUCUGUGCCAGAGACACAGACCAGUAGUCCGCCGUCUUUCCCGCAUGGAGAACUAACGACUCCGUUCCCGUCAGGUCCUUCAGGCAUACCAAACACGGAGGUACCACCAUUAUCUGGUGUUCCAGGUCAGCCUACAGCUAUUGUUCCCUCGGUAUCAGUAGGCGUCUCGGUGCCAGAGACAGAAGGAAGUAGUCCACCACCUUUCCCCCAGGAAGGAUUCACGACGCCCUUCCCGACAGGUCCAUCUGGCUUACCAACCACGGAGGCAUACCAAACACGGAGGUACCACCAUUAUCUGGUGUUCCAGGUCAGCCUACAGCUAUUGUUCCCUCUGUAUCAGUAG